UUUAAUUUUACAAAGUAUCAGACGAGUUAAUACAACAUAGUUUUAGCGUAAAAUGUAUUAAAAAUAUCUGCAACAAGCGUUGUGAAUGUGUGCAUAUAAGUGUACAGUAGGUUUUGUCUAACAUGAGUCUUCUUUUUACAAGUAAAGAAGGUUGGAUUAUAUCCCAUUUGCAGUAUCUCAAUGAGAUAUAUAAAAAGGUCUUAGUAGACAAUAAAUUCUACUCUUUAAUCUUCAACAAAAUGAUUUUUGAAAUAAAUUCUCAGUACUUAAGACACAAUCAGUUGGGACAAAUUGUUCAAGACAAUGCUGUAGUGCAUAAUAAAAGAAAGAGAAAACGUUCACAGUCAUUGCCGCAAAAAGAUUUAGAAGAAAUUGAUCAUGUUAAACGGGAAUUUGAAACACUAAUAUCUGCUGCAAAAGCCAAAGGAUUCUUCUGUGAGAAUGUAUCUGUGGAUAACAAUGAAGCAGCACGUUUGGCGUCCCAGAAAUUUUAUCAGGACACUUACUGUCUCCAGGAUGAAAACCUGUAUGGCUCAAAUGAUACAAAUAAUGCUAUCAUAACCAAGGUUCAUGAUAAGAAAUAUGUUUUUCCAAGAAAAUGUUCCUUUUAUUGCUAUGAUGUGAGAGAUAUAGAAAAAAAGAUGGAACUGAAUAAUCAGUAUGACUUUAUUCUGUUGGAUCCACCUUGGUGGAACAAGUCAAUCAGAAGGAAGAAGAUAAAGUGUGCUGAAGCUAGUUAUAAAAUGAUGUAUAAUGAAGAGCUAAUCAAGAUACCAAUAAGAAAAUUACUACAUUCAAAUGGCAUUGUGGCUAUAUGGUGCACUAAUUCAUCUAAUCAUUUAAACAGUAUCUUUAAGGAAAUGUUUCCUUCAUGGGGAAUCACUUACAGAGCUAAGUGGUAUUGGAUAAAAGUAACACAGAAAGGGGACACAAUAUGUAAUUUUAAUUCAGCACCUGGGAAGCAACCUUUUGAAUUGCUAAUAUUGGGAUCUGUAUUGGAAAAAGAUAAAAUAAACAUUCCUGAUAACAAACUGAUGAUUAGUAUACCUAGUGCUGUGCAUUCUCAUAAGCCACCUUUAACAGAGAUCAUUAGAGAAUACUUUCCAAAUGAACCAAAAUGUCUAGAAAUUUUUGCAAGGUACUUACUGCCUGGCUGGACAAGUUGGGGCUUAGAAAUCUUGAAGUUCCAACAUCUGUCACUCUAUGAAAUUCUUGAUGAAAAUAAAGAUGCUGAAUAUUGUGCUACUAAAGACACAAGAAAUAAGGAUAAGAGUAAAAACUAAUCGUAAAAAAACAGAUCUACAGAUACACUUAUAAAUAUUUACUCCAUUGCCGGUUCCUAAGUUAUAAACUUUUAGCCUGAGAUGAUGUUUAUGUAGAGCAUUUAAUGCUGCCACGUGGCCAGCCGCCAAAUCCAUAACGUGGAUAUAAUCGCGGACACCUUGAGAAGAAUAAUACGACAUUUUUAUAGGAUAAUCGCCACCAAAUAUCACCAGUUCUUCCUUAUGCCUCAGAGCGACUUGAGCAAUGUACGGCAUCAGAUUCGUAAACGGCUUCG